AUCAUAAAGAAGAAAAAAUAAUUACACAGCGUGUUUUUAAAACGAACGAUUGACAGCAAAUUGUCUGGCGGUUUAGUGCUCAAUUUCCGAGAUUCCGAGUCCAACGGUAGAGAAAUUCUGUAGUAAAUUGUAUUGGUUGUUGUUCAGCUAUCAUUUCCACCACGAACUGCAACAGCUGUGGGGAAAAUGUCUCUUGCGUUCGUGCCGCCCAGACAGCGGGGUAAAUCGGUUCCCGACCAGGCAACAAUACAAAAGAUGUUGGAUGAGAAUAAUCAGCUGAUUCAAACAAUCGUCGAUUAUCAAAACAAGGGACGGGCAUCAGAGGUUACCCAGUACCAACAGAUACUGCACAGGAAUCUAGUGUAUCUAGCAACGAUUGCCGAUUCCAAUCAAGGGAUUCAGAACCUGCUCGGGGGUCCAAACCAGAGCAGUUCCAAUAUGAGCUCUGCCCCUCCUCCUCAGGCCAUGAACCCCCCUCCUCAGGCCAUGAACCCACCUAACCCUCCCCCGAUGGGGCCCGGCGGGAUGGUCAACUCACAGCAAGAUAGCAUGAUGCACCAGCAGCAACAGCAUCAGCAGCAGCAACAGCAGCAGCAACAACAACCCCCACCACCAACCCCCAUGACCCCGCAGCAGCAGCAGCAACAACAACAACAACAACAGCAGCAGCAACAACAACAACAGCAGCAGCAGCAACAACAACAACAACAGCAGCAGCAGCAACAACAACAACAACAACAACAACAACAACAGCAGCAGCAGCAACAACAACAACAACAACAACAACAACAACAACAACAGCAGCAGCAACAACAACAGCAGCAGCAGCAGCAGCAACAACAACAACAGCAGCAGCAGCAACAGCAACAGCAACAACAACAACAACAGCAUCAACAACAACAACAACAACAGAUAAGUGCUGGUCCAGCUACCUUGCCCCCGGCAACAACACCGGGCAACCCCAUGGGGCAGAUGCAGGGAAGGAAUCAAGGAAAGCCUGGGGCCCAGAUGGCUGAUGGACCCACCCCUAUGGGGCCCCCAGCGAGCACGACCAGCAGUAACAUGCCAAACUUCAGCACAGCAGGCAAUACACAGAGUAUGGGCAGCUUCCCCAGGGGUCCAAUGCCGCAGGAACAGCCGGGCCAAGCUCCACCGAUGAGUGAGCAGGGCCUGAUGGGUCCCCCAGUCAGCUCCGUUAAUAACAACAUGCCGGCCGCCAACGUACCCAGCAAUCCCACAAUGCCUCCUAAUCCCAGCAUGCAAAGUGGCUACAAUCCCAGCAUCUCCCAGGGGGCGUCGUCGCACUCCCACGCCGCCAUGCCCCAGUCACAAGGCAGCAUGAUGCCCCCACAACAAAGCAUACCCAGCAACCAGUCGGCUGGCCAGCAACAGUUCCACAUGCCCCAGCAGAGGUAUCCACCGCAGGCACAGGGCAUGAUGGGUGGGUCGUCACAGAAUGGUAGCCAGGCUAACCAGAUGAUGGCAGGCCAGCAGCCCAUGACCGGGUACCGGCAGGCUGCACAGUCAGGUCAACCGCCCUACGGACAAGGACCAGGAUAUGGCCAGCAAUACCCGCCCCAGCAAGCCGGGUAUCCCCAGCCAGGACCCCGCCAACCAUACACCAACCAAUACCAAGGCCAACCGCCCCCACAACAACCCGGACCACCCCCUCCCCAACAGGCACCCCAGCCGCCGCAGCCACAACCCCAACCAGGGAAUUACGGGAGUUACCCACCAGGCCAAGGUCCCCAGGGGAGGUACGGGUACAACCAGGCUCCGGGCCAGGGACCGCCGGGCCCUGUACCUGUGGGAUCAGUCGGACCUGGUCCCAUUCCCCAACAAGGGGGUGGGUAUGGAGGCUACAGCCAGGGUCAGUAUGGUGCGGGGUACCAACAGUAGCUGGUAUAUGGCAGUUGAAUUCCAUCAGGGGCUGGCGUGUGAAAGUCGAAUACCAACAGAAGCUGAUAUGUAACAUAUAGGUGUGCUGCAGUAUAGUUGGUAACCAACUAACUGUACCUGGUAUGAGGUUUUCAGCACUCGAUUGUCUGCACCUGAAUGGUUACCAGCUGUAUUCAUCACAAUGCCAUCAGCUGGCCGACAGCCGACUGGGGUAAACACCAGACAGCAGUUAUGUGCAGGCUGAUUCGGUACAAAAUUGAGCGUGCCACUCAAAAUUUGCUGCUUUGUACUGUUUCCCAAAGAUUUACUGCAGUUGCAUCAACUGGAAGAGUGUCAAAAAUCACGUCUGAUUUUGUUGCUGCUACCGUGUGUGUAUAUAAUGCUCAAGACUCCCGCAGGAAGGGUUUUAAAUAACCCAGAAGGAUGGUAUCGGACCUGCCCAAGACCUUCAAGAAUAACAACACCCUUUCCUAAGCAGUCUCCUUGAAAAGCAGACUGGUCUGGGAAUUUUACACAUCUCUGCUCUAGACUAUGUUUGAUGUUGGAAACGGCGUGCACUGUUUUUCACUGUUCACUGUUUUUUAAUAAAAAUUUAUGAAAGAGCACAGCUGGAGUCGGAGCCUAAGACAAGGUUUACAAAAGACCAUUGUUCACAUUGAUUUGUUAGAUACAUUCCAUGAUAAUAAUAAUUAUAAUAAUAAUAAUGGCAAUUUUUUAAGCGCCAAUAUCUGCUGCAAGCGGUGUCUUUGAGUUAGAUUGGAAGUGAUCUAGACUAAAAGAUACUCUGUGUUUAACGUGUAAGGAAAAAAAGUUUCGCCUUUUAGUCUACACUGUAUAUUUUAUGUCGCCAUUUUGUUUAAACUAAGUUUGCCAAGUGGUCAGUUUCAUUCGUCCGUGUGGAAUUACAUCGUAGGUGAGUCCCCAUCCUCCACACCAUGACAGGAAAGGGAGGAGAUCAAUGCCCAUCGAACUACCCCUCCCCCUGAAAUAACUCUCAUAGAGCAAAAUGAAUUUUAAAAACAUUGAUCACAGAGCAAGAAUGGGUGCUAACCAUUUGUUAAUUUGUAAUGGAAAUCAUCCUCGGGUGUUUCACUCAAAUGCACCUAGUAGAUUUGACUGGUCAAAUCUAGUUGGCCAAUGGCAACGUAGUUACGACGUCAUCGGCAGUUAACAUUUUGGCCCGUCAUUUUCCAAUGUCUUGUAUUUCUUUACCCCUUGCAGAAGGUAGUGCUGGUAUUAAAAACACUUUCUCUGUCACAUAAACUUGCCACUGUCUUGAAACGAUGAUUGAACUUUGAGAGUUGACCACAGAAACCGUGCUCUGGGGCUUGGUUUAUUUAGUUGGACUAGCUAGUCGAACCCUGCAACGUUCAGAUGACAUCGAAAUUGACUAUGGGUCAAGUUUAGUUGACCCUUGUCACCGCCCAGUUUUGCUCAUUGUAGUACGACAAAUAAAAAAUGUAUACAAAAAUCAAAUGAGGCUUUCAGAGAGUUUGGUGGAAAUGUGUAUACUUGUAUAUAAAUGUAGUCAACUCAUUGUUCAUUAGUGUCAAUGUAAAUGUUGGGUUUUUUUUGUCGCCUUAAAUUUUCAAAUUAUUUCAAAUUUGUCAAUAAGUUUGAAUAUGUAGAUGUACUGCAAUUGUUCUGCGUAGUUCCUGAAAUAUUUAACAUGAAUUCUUUUUCAGUGCCAUGGUCCAAAUUUGUAUCCUACUCUACCAUUGAUGCAAAAUACAUGUAGAUACUGUGUACAUGUAGUUCCAUUAAUAACAGUGUUUUGAGUCACUCAGUGGACAUUUCUUAAUUCCUUCCAACGCUGGACACUAUUGGUAAUUGUCAAAGACCAGUCUUCUCACUUGGUGUAUCUCAACAUAUGCACAAAAUAACAAA